AUCAGUGUUUGUGCGUAUCCCCAGGUGGAUGGAGGCGUGCGUAGAGGAGGAGCUGCCCCCCACCACAGAGCUAGAGGAAGGUCUGAGGAACGGAGUCUACCUUGGAAAACUGGCCAAGUUCUUCGCCCCCAAGAUGGUGUCUGAGAAGAAGAUCUACGACAGGGACCAGGCCCGCUACAAGGUGACCUUUGUCCUCAUACCAUGGGAUACUCUUACACUUCAGAGAUUACUAGGAUACUGAAUAAAACUGUCACACACACACAGGUCCACAAAUCUGGGCAGCAGUGGGCGCCAUCUAGUUCCUACCCUCUCCCCACACCUCCUCCCCUCUAUCUAGCUCCUCUCUUGCCCCACACCUCGUCUCAUCUAGUUCCUCCCCGCUCCCCCACACCUCCUACCCUCUAUCUAGUUCCUCCCCUCUCCCCCAUACCUACUCCCCUCUAUCUAGUCCCCCCCCCCCCACCUCCAUGGAGUAAGACAGGAAGUGUCUAAUCCCAGAUCCAUCGCAGACAUUUCCACUUCCUGUCAACCAUCUCCCAUGGGACAGAGAGAUAGCAACCCCCCCUACAGCCAGCAGCUGUGCUGACACAACACACUCACACACUCUCCCUCAUCUUUUCGUGCGCGUGCGUUUCCAACCAAAAACAUGCUAUUUGUGAUAUACACAACAGACUCCGUUGCUGGUAUCUAAUGUUUCUCUUUUGUCUGAUUUUGUCUCCAGCACACAGGACUUCACUUCAGACACACAGACAACACGGUGCAGUGGCUACGGGCCAUGGAAUCUGUAGGGCUGCCCAAGGUAAGACUAACACACACACUGCCCAAGUCCCUCCUACCAGUGGCAUACAGUAUCAUAACCUGGUAGUAACUGGUGAUAUCACAAGGUUGAUUUGCCUGUUUUAUGACAGAGUUUACUAAGUCAAAUGACACACACACAUACACAUACACCUUUAUGAGACUUUCACUGGGCCAGGUAAAUAAAGCACGCCACUCUACUGCUUUCUUAUGAGAGGCCUGAGACCCACGCUAGGAGGGUGUAGCUAUGGUGGCUGUACUACUAUUGCUACCACUAAUAGUGUUAUCAGCACCAAUGUAUCUUUUAUGAGUAGGGACAAAAGGUGUUUCCUCUGGAGAUGAUAUGGAGAAUGCUAACACCUUAUUGUCAUGCCAUGUGAUGGUAACACUGGAACCGCUCUGGAGAUACUUGUUUGAUGAUCAAUUCCUCUGUUUUGGGGGAAGCAGAAUCUUUAGGAGUAGACAGACAACUAAUGAAUAUGAGACAUUGUUUAUUCAUAUGGUUAUUAUGGGCUCUUGUCAUUAUUGAUGGAUUAAAAUGUUUCUCUAAUCAUUUUAAUUCACAAGAAUGAUCAGGGCAGGGGAAUAGGUUGCUUCACUGUUGUUCCCUUCACUGUUGUUCAGCAGUGCUGUUCCCUUUUGAGAAAACACAUGCACAUACACAGCAGCCAGAUGUACUGAAUGUAUAGUGAGAAAGGAAGCACACACUGUAAUACACCCAAAGGCAAGUAUUACACCAACUAAAGGUGUGUGGCAGUGGCCAGGAGGAAACAGAGGAAUCGUGUCAGACUGCCACAGCUUGAAAAUGAAACUGACAGCCUGAAAGAUGUAGUGUGCUCACUAUGCCUCCUUGGCUGCUGCACUAAACAAGGUAUCAGAAGACACUAAUGAAAGAUCCAUGACUAAUGCCUCCUAUGGUUUCUACUUUCAGAUAUUCUAUCCCGAAACGACAGAUGUGUACGAUCGCAAAAACAUGCCCAAGGUAGUGUACUGCAUACACGCAUUAAGGUAAGACAGAGAAUUCCAACACAAGGUGUUUUUUGUCUCUGACUGACCAUCCCCCCCUCUCCCCCUUUAGGCUUACUGCUUACAUCAUGUGUCUUACUCUUUGUAUCUACCACACAAUAGUCUAUUUCUUGUUUCUGUUUCUUGACUGCACUUUAUAUUGUGGAGAUCUACAGUGCAUUCAGAAAGUAUUCAGACCCCUUGACUUUUUCCACAUUUUGUUACGUUACAGCCUUAUUCUAAAAUUGAUUAAAUAAAAAAAAUGUCCUCAUCAAUCUACACACAAUACCCCAUAAUGACAGUGAAACAGGUUUUAGAAAUAUCUUAUUUACAAAAAUUACAAAGAGAUCCUUGAUGAAAACAUGCUCCAGAGCGCUCAGGACCUCCGACUGGGGCGAAGGUUCACCUUCCAACAGGACAAUGACCCUAAGCACCCAGCCAAGACAACGCAAGAGUUGCUUCGGGACAAGUCUCUGAAUGUCCUUGAGUGGCCCAGUCAGAGCCCAGACUUGAACCCGAUCUAACAUCUCUGGAGAGACCUGAAAAUAGCUGUGUAGCGACGCUCCCCAACCAACCUGACAGAGCUUGAGAAGAUCUACAGAGAAGAAUGGGAGAAACUACCCAAAUACAGGUGUGCCAAGCUUGUAGUGUCAUACGCAAAAGACUCGAGGCUGUAAUCUGGUGCUUCAACAAAGUACUGAGUAAAGGGUCUGAAUACUUAUGUAAAAGUGGUAUUUGUUUUUAUUUUUAUUUGCAAACAUUUCUAAAAACGUGUUUUUGCUUUGUCAUUAUGGGGUAUUGUGUGUAGAUUAAUGAGGAACAUAAUUAAAAAAUAAAAAUAAUUAGAAUAAGGCUGUAACGUAACAAAAUUUGGAAAAAGUCAAGGGGUCUGAAUACUUUCCGAAUGCACUGUACGUUUUUAUCUCAUCUUCUGAGGUUUGAAGAGUCCUAAAAGCAGAUCACAUGAUAUCACUGUCUAUAGGGGACUUCAGGAUCAUUUGAAAAAGAUUGUGUGAACCAAGAGACGUGAAAAAGGCUGGAUGAAAAUGGUAAAACUUGACCUGAAACUAUUCUAGGCUGUGGUGCUUUUGGUUUCAGUUUGUGGUUAAAACGUGCCAUCUUCAACAUUUUAGUAACAAAGGUGUGGCAAUAUGCAGUCAUUUCACACACGUACUGUUGUUUUUGUAUGUUAGCAUGGAUAUGCGUGUGCAACGCUAGAUACACCCUCGGAACUGAUGAGGUGACUUCCUGUACACAUUGAGUAAUUUCCUGUCUACAGACAGUUUCAAUAUAUAGGCCUAGGCUGUCUCAAGCCAUUUAGUGUCUCCUUUGAUAAUAUUGUCCAGGUCUACAAGUGAUGGCAAUGAUGUCAUUCUCACACAUGAUAUCAUUAGGCUCUAGAAGGAAAGCCUGAUGUUGUUUUGGAAGCUGGGGUAGAAGGGCAUGUCUCUCACUCAGCUUUUUAGUUUUUUAAUUAAUAGGCCUAGUGCCAUCUUUAUCUGAAGCCUAUUUUCUUUUCAUGUGCAAUCCUAACUUGCAAAGAGAACAAGUGAAUAUUACUUGUUAGAUAUUACUGCACUGUCGGAGCUAGAAGCACAAGCAUUUCGCUACACCCGCAAUAACAUCUGCUAAACACGUGUAUGUGACCAAUACAAUUUGAUUUGAUUAUAUAAAAGAGGAACUGGAAAUGGUCAUCCUGAUCAGAGGGAUUUAACUCCACGUCCUCCAGAUUUCUUCUCUAUAUGCAUCACACACACAUUAUAUAGCAUAAUGUUAUAUAACGUAAUGUUGUUAUGGCAACAUAAUGUUGUUAUUGCAGGUUCACACCUGUUUGACACUCACUGGCCUUGGAUUAUUAUACUAAGAGGCAUAACUGUUGAAAAACUUCAUUCAUGGUAUAAAAGUGUGUUGAAGGUCAUGAUUGAUUCAUGUCCUGAUUAUUGACUGUGCGAUCAUAAACAUCACACAGGCUUGACAGAGGGCUAAGGUCCAGCAAUGUACUGUAACUAACGGCUGUCUGUCCCGUGCUUUUGAACACUGAAUAACUGAUAUCCCUGCAUACUGUGGUAGACACACCCUGUUAACAUGUUCAGAAAAUAAACAGGCAAGCCUACACUCAGGGUGCAUCCCAAAUGGAAACCUUUUCCCUAUUUAGUGCACUACUUUUGAUCAGGGCCCAUAGGGCCAUUUGAGACCACCGCAGUCUCCAGUCUGCUGUCAUAGUGUGGUGGUGGUAGUAGUAGAAAGUAACAGCUCUGUAGUGACAUUUUGUCAUUGUGUGAUGUCAAUGGUGUCACUAUUAGUAGGUGGUUUUGUACUGACAGUUUUCUUUAACCGGGCUCUGCUUUCUGUGCCCACACUGACUGUCAUGUAUACAGCUAUGUCAUGUACACUGUCAUGUGUACAGAAAAGGGUGGCUCGUAUAUGCAUCUGAAUGUGACAGAGAAUUGGAGUGAAUGUGUUAGCUAGUUGGCUUGUUUUUGGUCAGGGCCCAUGAGGAUCAGCUUCCUUCCCUGCCUGUGCGCGCACACACACACACACACACACACACACACACACACACACACACACACGUGAUCUUCCUUCCUGGCAGGCCGGUCUAACCCCCACUGGGAGCCAGGGAAUACACUAGCUCUGAGGAGAAGUAGACACACUGGGCUAGUGGGUCUUUUGUCUUUGUUGAGAAUUCAAUACAGUGGAAAAAUUGAAAGGUACCACAAUAGAAUGGAAACUGAACAUAAAUAUUCACUCUGGAUCUGAUGGGAUUGGUUGGGCAUGCAUGGGUACCCGUGUGUAUGUUGGUGAUGGUGUCACAUUUUGUGUAUGCGUGUGUGUGAAGAGAGGGGGAGUGUGUGUUUUGUGUGGAGGGAAAGGAAGGAGGAUGUUGUUGUUCCUUGUCUUUCCUACCUGCCUUAUCGGCCAAGUCAGCAGGAUGAUCUAAUAAAGUCUCCAUCAUUAGCCUCAGUCUCAAUCAGCUGUUUAUCUCACUGCAGGGCUGAGUUAGCCAGCCAGCCAGUCAGCCAGUCAUGGUUAACAACGUAUUAAGCCCUAAGGAAGAGACCUGUGUCCCUGUUUACACACACACAAACUCAGAGUUUAGAGGCUAGCAUAGCACUAUCAUAGCCUCCUCAUACACACAGUUACAGGCACUAGCCCAAUAUAAUGAAUGCCAACUUAUCAGGAACCUGCUGGCAGAUAAAAGAUGCAGUUUCCAGCCACCUGUUUGUUUCAGGCCAACCUUAGUUAGUGGCGUUGGCAGAAAGCGGAUAUUUCUGGUUUUCAGGGAUACAGUAUUUUCAACCGAACUUCCAUUUCAAAUGGGGACUCCGCUCAGGUGUCUUUCUACGCCUGCUACGUUAGGUUAGUUUCAGGCUGACUGGGCUCAGGACAGUGCAGUUUGCAUGUCAUGAUUCUGGCAGCUGCUUUCUCUGAGCACGCAAUGCCUCCCUGUGGGGAGAAGGGGACAUUGCAGUUUAUUUGGCCGAUGCUCUCCUAGUUCGGUCUGGAGCAGAUGGCUGUUUCAAGUUCAUUUUGGGAGUCAUCCUUCCUUCCUCAUUUCCUUGAAGUCAUCACUGAUCAGAUUGACAUGCUUUCAACAAUAUGAUAGAUUCCUUGCUAACCCAAGGCAAGAGGAAGGAUGCAUUUCCAAAGUAUUCAAGCUCGGCAGAAGUGUAGAUGGAUGCAGAUGUAUAGAUGUUUGUAAAUUAUGUUUCCCCUGCCUCUGUGAGUUAUUGAAUAUACAUAGCCACAUCUUAGCUUCAGCUUGCUACCCUUUCUUCCUAACCAUUUAAAUCUAGAUCAGUUAAUUCAUUGAAGUUUGGAGCUUCAUACCUUUCCUUCCCUAAACCCCCAGGCAGAUAUUCUCCAGGAUACUUGAAGCAUAACCUGAAUAGAACUAGCUCUGCUGAAUGUCCAAAAUGUAAUUUAAAUGUAACAUAACCUCCCCCCCCCUCAGCUUAUACCUGUUCAAACUGGGCAUUGCACCACAGAUCCAGGACCUGCUGGGGAAAGUGGCCUUCACAGGUAAGACCAGGCUACACCACCUCUACUAGUCUAUCAUGAUAGUUAGAGGGAUCAUAAGAGCCAUAGCUGGAGUUCAUCCUGUACUCUAAAGUCAACCCAUGGUGUUCUUCCCUGCCUGGCACCAGCCAGGUUUGAACUGGAGGCUGGGUCCUUGAACCUGUAGGAACAUGUUGCUGUAUAGUGGUAUUAUAGUAUAAUGAGCAUGUUGCAUUUAGCUAACUGCUCCAGAAUGAACACUAACAUAACAUACAGCGUUGUAGUGAAGGAGGAACCGCUCUAGUGAUUACUACCUCCCUUUUUGAAACUAAAGGAAAACAUGAGCCUCAGGGCUUUUCUGAAGACUCAUUUAAAUUGGCUUGGCUUGCACGUGUGGGUGGUAAUGACACAUAAUUGGUGCUCAUGUUUGGUUUUUAUUGAAACAGAUUGUCAUCACUCACACCCAGCUGCGUGUUCAAUUCAAUAAGCACUGUGGAGAUCAGUAUGAUUGUACCGUGGUUGAUAUGAGUGAAGUGUGAAGGACCAAACAUCUCUUUACCAUUCUGUUUUACAAUCUCCAGUGUGUCUUGAUGUUAUAUAGGUUGCUAGUGAAUGAGCAGUCCCUCUCCUGGGCACAGGAGGCUGCUAACGGCUCAUAAUAAUGGCCGGAAUGGAGCAAAUGGGAUGGAAUCAAACACCAUGUGUUUGAUGUAUUUGAGACCAUUGCACCUAUUCCGCUCCAGCCAUUACCACGAGCCUGUUCUCCCAAGUUAAGGUGCCACCAACCUCCUGUGCUCCUAGGGUAUAGAGUUUCCUGCUGUGCCAGUUUGGCUGACCUGUUGUAAUGUGUUCCUGUCUGUCCCACAGAGGAGGAGAUCAGUAACAUGCGGAGUGAGCUGGAGAAGUACGGCAUCCAGAUGCCAACCUUCAGUAAGAUAGGAGGCAUCCUGGCCAACGAGCUCUCAGUGGACGAGGCAGCCUGUGAGUAGUACAGUACACUGUUCCAUCCACUGGAUUACCUCUGGAGACCACUGGUCUUCUAUUCUGCUCCUGAAUAGACCCAUAGGGUGUGCAGGGUUUGGUUCCAGCCCAGCAUUAAAAUACCUGAUUUGAGCUAAUCCAGGCCUUGAUGAUUAAUUGAAUAUGUUGUGUUAGUGCUGGGCUUCAACAAAAGUAUGAUAGACGGACAUAGAUAGACAGACAUGUUUGCUGCUGAGUGGGACUUAUUCUUGCCUCUGUCCCCAGUGCAUGCUGCUGUGUUUGCCAUCAACGAGGCGGUGGAUAAGGGUGAGGCGUCAGUGACCAUGGGGGCUUUGAAGAACCCCAACGCCAUGCUGAGGAACACUGGGGAAGAGCUGGCCCAGGACUACCAGGUUACACUGAGCCGGGCCAAGGCCAGCAAGGAGGACCAGGCCUCAGGCAGGGUGAGGAACUCUCAGACAAGGUUGUGUCCCAAAUGGCAUCCUAUUCCCUUUCAAGAUCACUGCUUUUGAACAGAGACCUAUGGGCCCUGAUUCCGGGUAGAAUUUUCUAAACUGACCUUGGAUCAGCAACUUGAUCCUGUUGUGAACAGAAACCUCUUAGACCAGGCAGAGAUGUAGUGAGAAUUGGUAGUAUAUGAGUCUUGUAUGCAGUGACUACCACCUGAAACACUUGCCAUGACAUUCCAGUGGCUGCAGCGUCAGCGGAACUCCCACUACAACACUCGUCUUCCCACACAAACUGGCAUCUCUCCUCCCAUCCUCCUCACUAACUCUGUUAAUUUACAAUUUUUUUCAGCAAAGUCAUGAAAUCUAAAGUUAAUAUGAUGGCCAGAUGAUCAACAAUUUUAGCAUUACAGAUUUAGUUUCAAUAUGCACAACAUUUUUUAAAAACGUAAAGGGAUAGUGCGAUAUGAACUCAUGGAUAACAUCUUUAUGUCUUUCCAUGCAGUGUGAAGGAAGUAACUAGCAUUAGAGCAAUGACUGGAAGUCUACCGAUAUAGCUAGCAUGCAAAAAAAAUGGUAUCCAUGAGAUCAUCUGACUCUGGUUAAGUAGAAAAACGGCUUGAUUGCCAGAAUCUCGCAUUAUCCUUAGUCCGUCUAACACAAUGCUUUUCUCUUGUCUCCCUGCUCAGCGCUCAUCUGUAGCCACAGAGGAGAGAGAUGUUUAUGAGGAGCUGCUGACCCAGCAGGAGAUCCAGAGCUGCAUUGACUUCGUUAACAGUAACAACAGUUCCUGUCUUAUGACCUCAGUUCUAUUCUGAACAUCUCUAGGAUAGGCCUUCAGAAUGUCUAGAGCAGGGGUGUCAAACUCAAUUCCUGUAGGGCCAUGUGCUUUUUGUUAUUUUUUCUCAAUUUGUGUCCAAUUAAGACCUAGACAACCAGGUGAGAGGAGUUCCUAACUAAUCAAUGACCUUAAUCAAUCAAGUACAAGGGAGGAGUGAAAAUCCGCAGACUCUCGGCCCUCCACCCAUGGUCAAGAGGUAGUGGCCGGGGGGGGGGUAAUUUAUUUGGGAUGUGGCCAGUGUCUCCAUCCAACCCCUGCUCCCUCCUGUCUGUCUCUCCAGCCCAGGUGGCGGUGCGGCAGGUGAACCAGGCCAUCUCUGCCCAGGACGAGGCUGCUCUGCUGGCUGGGCUCAGGGUGCCCGCACUGGGGAUGCUGGGGGUCCAGGAGGCCAACUCCCACUGGUACCUGGAGCACUUAACCUCCUACUGCCAAGUCAAGGCUCGGGUCAGUAAGGCCAGUGGUCAAAGUAGGGGACGCAUGUCUAGUAGGUUUUACAGGUGUCGGGUAUAGAAGGUAUCCUGUCAAAAGAAAGGAGAAUACUAACACACUGUGUAGAUGUGUUUUUGCCUUCAACAGUGUAUGAUGGCAGACUUUAUUCGUUGAUUAAAGUUACAUUAGUGUUACAGAACCAGGAUUUUUCUAUUGAAUUGUCACCCAAACACUUUCUCCUUGGACCUCAGGAUGCUGGAGGUGCAGUGAUGCUGCAGAGGGAGGAGAUUCAGAGGGUGGUCAGCUCCAGUAACGACUUUGCUGAGGCAGAGAAACGAAGUAAGCACCCCUCACCUCCCAUUCCAGUAAUUUAUAUGAAUUACAUCAGAAUAAAUGUGUUUGUUGGGUAUUUGUAGGUUGCUAAUCCUUUGCAAUCUGCAUUAUAAAAAGAUUGAUGAGUAUGAUGGUUUUCCUGUUCAGAACUGGAGGCCAUUGCAUUGAUCAACGCGGCCAUUCGUCAUGGCGUAGCAGCAGAGACGGUGGAGGUGCUGAUGAACCCAGAGGCCCAGCUUCCUAUUGUCUACCAGACAGCUGCCAACCUCUACCAGACCGAACUAUUCAGCCUGCAGAUACAGGGGGCAAAGGUGACGCACGCAGGCAUACACACACUAACACACACACAUUUGAGUUCAAAUUACACUUUCCUAUUUUAAGCUAUGAUAUAAUGCUGUAUUGUUGUGAGCGGGUGCUGAUUGACACAACAAAGUAGUAAUAGAUUUCCCUAUCUUGGUUGGCCGGUGUGCAGACAGUUGUGUGUCUGUCCAGGUGUGUAUGCCGUAUAUGGUCACUGAGCCUUCUGUCUGAUUGUAUUGAGUAGGCAGGACUGGGGCAUGAGGAGCUGUGUGUGGCAGUAGAGAUGCUGUCUGCGGUGGCCGUGCUCAACGAGGUCCUGGACACAAAGGACCCCCAGGCUGUCACUGAACAGCUGACUGACUCUCCUCUGGGCUUCAGCAACAUGGAUCAGGACAACCUUCACAGG